GCAUGGCUUUGGUCGUUGGAUAGUAAUCUGGUAAUGAAGCUCUCGACCUGUCUCUCUAGCUCUGCUGUCCUAGUUGUGAGGAGUCUCACCAGGGUUUUCAUAGUUUUGUCAUAGUUGUGAACGACCAUCAUGAUCAUCUACCGGUAUGCCAGCUUUCAGUGUCCUUUCGUGACUGAUCACGAUGGCGGACGAGAGUGUUUCAUUGUCUGGCAGUGAGGCGGAUGAAGUCCUUGUGACUGAAACGCAGUCACCGGGCAAGCACAGUCGUCUCCACGAGAGGGAGCAGCUCCAGGAGCUAAAUGGACGUUUAGCACUGUUCAUGGAUCGCAUUCAAUGCGUUCGCGAUCAGAAUGAUGACUUGAGAGGAGAUCUGGAGCGUGGCAAGGAAACACAUCGGCGUGAAAUGGAAACUCAUCGAUCUCUCUUUGAGCGAGAGCUGAGUGAAGCUCGCAAAUUGCUGGAUGAAACUGCCAGGGAGAAAGCUAGAUUUGAGUUAGCUGCAUCAAGAAACAGCAGCUUGGCAUCAGACGCCAAGACGAGACUGGACGACGAGGCUGAGUCUCGAUCAAAGCUGGAGCGUUUGCUUGGUGAUAGUGAGCGUGAGUUGCAGAAAAGUCGCCAGCACAUCGGAGACAUACUCAAAGAGCAGACCAAACUGGAGGAAAAGGUCAAACAGCUCUCGAGUGAUUCGGAUGCUUUCCAGGAGCAGGCGGAAUCAGCCAGAACAAACCUGGAGUCGGAAAUGGUUGCUCGCGUCAAUGCUCAGAAUAACUGCCAGUCAUUGCACGAGGAGAUUGCCUUCACACUCAGUGUUCACAAUCAGGAGAAGGAGGAUCUUCACAGUCGCCUGAUGAACCUUGAGAAGGAGUACUCGGCGCUGAAGGGCAGCUUUGAGAAGGAACUGGAGCAGCGCGUUGCUCUCUCACUGGCCAUUGGCCGUGAUGAGCAGGAGAAGGAAUCCGACCGUAUCCGUGCUGAGCUCAAUCAACUCUACAUGAGCAAAUUGAAGGACGCAACAGAUCGUCACGAUCGGGACAUUGCCUCUUUGAACAAGCUGGCUGAAAGCAACCUGGACCUAUCCAACAAGAACUAUCAGCUAAAUGAGGAGAAUGCUGCUCUCUCGGCAAAGAUUGCCCAACUGAGCAAGCAGUUGGACAACAGAGAGUACGAGAGACUACGUGACCGUGAACACUAUCGUGUUGAGAAUGAGCGAUUGCAGAAGGAACUGGAGGUACUGCAGCGUGAACUGUCCUCGAAGCUGACUGAGUUUGCUGACCUCAUGGACGUCAACAUCCGCCUUGACAAGGAAAUCUCGCGCUAUCACCGCUUACUGCAUGAGCAGGAGAAGAAGGUUGGUCUUGACGGCAGCCUGUACCUACGCUCAGCGCCCACCUCGGCCCAGAAGGCCAGCACCUAUUCCACCUCGUCGCCGUUUGGCCGUCCCCCACCACCACCAAUCAGCACCUUACCACCGCGAUGCAGCAGCGCAGAUCUACAACAGCCUCCGCCACUUCCACCGCGCCGCACGUCAGCAUCGGAGGACAGUGGCGAUGAAGCGGCGGCCAACGCCGAGACUGGAGCUCCGCUCAUGAGUGCCUCAUCGCUCGUCUCCUUUCUCACCGGUAUUGGUCGCAAGCGUCGGCGUGCUACUGGCCACACCGCUAGUGAUCCGAACAAUGAUGAAUGCGUGAGCACAGAACAUGACGGCUCUUCUGCUGGAAAACCAUCAUUGCCGCCUAUCGAGAUUGAGGUCUGCAGUCAGGGCCACUUUGUCAAGUUGAAAAGCAACUCGACCGAGGAGAUUCCUUUGGCUGGUUGGCGUUUGGAAAGACGUCUAGAAAAGAAGACACUGGUGUAUCGCUUUUCUAAGAAUGCCGUCCUCCAGUCAAACGUGCCCGUAACAGUCUGGAGCAGUGGUGCUGGACCAAUGCAGCGCACUGCCAGUGACUAUGUCUCACGUCACGUGACCAGCUGGGGCGACAACGCACAGUACCCGGUCAAUGCCAUCGAUUUCGAGUCUGUGGUGCGAGCCAGCACGGCAGGCGUUGAUGCUGCACUCAAACAGGAUGCCUCGCCAACAGCUAGUCCCAGCAAGAAACGUUGCCAAAAUCGGGCAUCUACUCCUAUGGACUCUGUGACGACGACGAGCGGCGGUGCUGAUGCUGUUGGCCUGAAUAGCUUUGCUGCGGAGAGCGCGCGAUCUGACCGGAUGUCUGUAUCGGAGGAUGAAGCAGCUAGCGCCUCUGUGGCUCAAACAGUGACGGUGGACACGGAGUCCGUGUCGGAGGAGUCCACAUCUCAUCGCCACCGCGUCACACGCUCGGCCACCAAGAACAGCAAGGGUAGCAGCAAAGUGGCGAGGCUGCGCGCCCGCAGCAAGUCACCAGGCCGACGUAUCCUGGCCAAGUCCUUGUCAACAGUCGCUGCUGCGGCCGCCGCUGCUUCCUCCAGUGUCGCCGCUGCUAGUGCAUCAGUUGAGACAGUCAGUGAGAAUGAGAGCAAUGCUGACACUCAAAGCAGCAACGAAGGAACUGUCGACGAUUCCUCUUCGGCGAAGUAUUCACAACGCAGCAGUGCUGGGAGCACCACUCUCUCCGCAGCAUUCAGCGUGCGUAGGAAGGUGCAAUCCAGCUCGUCUACAAGUAACAUAACCACUUCGUCAGUUGAUGUGAAAGGAAUCAGUACUAGCCAGUCGACGACCCAUGCUUCAGUUAGCGAAGCCGCACGGCACGUAUCCGCCUUUAGCAAUGAGGAGCUCUUUCAUGACCAGGGUGAUCCGGGCAAGGAAAACUGUGUCAUCUGUUAGUUACAACUGUGGUGACGAUGAUGCAGCAUCACUACAGCACUAGCAACGAUGGGGGUUGUGAUAGUUCUCCAGUGCGUCACCUUUCAUAUAUUUUUCAGAUGGUAUUCACUUUUUACUGCAGCUCUGCACUCAGGGAGGCAGGCGAUGCGACGGUCUUCCUUUUUUUCAUGACGGUGUUCCUUUUUUUCAUUGCCUCGCCAGCUUGCCACUGUCCUUUUUGUUCUGUCGGCCUGCUUGUGUGUUUGUGCCACCGAUCACCCCCUGAUGGUGUGCAGCAACCUUUGGUAGUUUGUGUUAGGUUGCAUUAUACACCUCUACAAACUUUGACAAGAUCUCUGCCGUUCAAGGCAAGGAUUUGUAUUUUUUGUUGGUCCUUCAUCUGCCCUGAAGUUGCCUGUUUUAUAUAUUUUCAAAUCAGAGAAAACCUGUGCUGGUUGCUUAUGGUCUGCUGUGUUUUAUCUACCCGUAUCACCGAUAUACGUUGAAGCAGAACCAGUUUUAUUUAUUUUAUUUAUUGUCCACCUGGUGGACACCAAACUGAUGUAUCUUUCUGAACAGUUUUAAACAUUCUAUUUCUUCCGAGAGUCGCCCAUCUUUCUACUUUUCUGCCAUUGGGUCAAGCUCACGUUUGUCAGCUCACCUAUUUGAAUUUCCUCCCGGCCUCUUCACACCCGGAGACAUAGCGGGUAACUUCUGCUCGUUUUUUUCGAUACGCUAAUAGCUCUAUCCUCUCUGUUGGCUGCAUAGUUUUAGCAUUUAUUUGCAAUGCUACUGGUGUUGCGCAGGACUGUACACUGAUCAGUCUGUUUUUAUUUGUUAUACCAAAGUGGAGCUGGAAAGUCGGUUUGUCCGGCCUCAGUCCUGACCAACUGGGAAUGAGUAUUUGCAAGUUCCCAGUGUGCUCAUACCAGGGAGUCGUAUUUUACAACUCCCUGCCUCAUACUUGAUCUACGAGAGCCAAUCAAUGCUCGA